AUGCCACCAAGAAAAAGGAAGAUUUCAGAGGCCGCAGAUAGCGCGGCGGAGCAGGUGGCAGUGCAGCGAAGAUAUGUGGCGGGCAAGCAGCCGAGGGCGCAGGAGCCACUUCCCAAGGUGGACAACCGCGCGCCGCUGGACCCCGAAGAGGAGCUGUUCCGGGAUGAGGACUGGUCGAUCCCCAAGCUGAACCUGUACAUAACAUACACGCUGGACGACCUGGUGGAGGCGUACAAGCCGAUCUUCAAGGACUUCAUCAAACUGCCCAGCCGAAAGUUCCACCCGGGGUACUUCUACAAGAUCGAGCAGCCGAUCUCGAUCAACGAGAUUAAGAACCGUGACUAUGAGUACAAAGACGGGGAGAAGCAGUUCUUGCUGGACGUGGAGCUGAUCCGCAAGAACUGCUACGCGUACAACGAAACGGACUCGCUGAUCGUGAAGAACUCGAUGCAGGCGGUGAACUACAUCAAGAACGAGGUUCUGAAGGCAAAGAACAUCACGAAGAACUAUCUGAUCAACGAUCUGAUCAAGGAACGCUUGCUCAAGGUGCUGGAGCAGUUACUCGAGUCGACCGAGCUGUUCAUUGCGCAGGCAAUGGGUAACCCGACAGAAGGUCUCGACGGCGAACUGAAGCUCUGCCACCCAUUUCUGGAGCUGGUCAGCCAAGAGGACUUUCCGGACUACUAUGAGGUGAUCCACAAGCCGAUUUCGCUGGAGAUGAUCAAGAAUAACUUGCAGCUGGGGUACUACACGAAGAUAUACGACUUCUACGUGGACGUGCAGCUGCUGUUCCAGAAUGCCCAGGUGUUUAACGACCCAGAAACACUCAUUUACCAGGAUUCGCAGCGGCUCCUGCGGGUGUUUCACAAGUUAAUGUCGGACAGCUUCUUCCCGGAGCUAAAGGACAGCAGUGAGCGUGGGGAAAUUAAACUGGAGUACGAUAAGGUCGAGUACGAGCAAUACCUAGCAAAUACAGGACAAGAAGAUGACAACGGUAGCGAUGAUGAUAACAAUGACGAUUAUGACUUUAACCAUUACGAGGGCCUUGGUAAUGGUUAUAACCGCAGCCUGCUGCCCAGCGACUAUCUUUUGGGUCCAAGUAAAACCGAGGAGAAGGGCAAGAAUGCAAAAGCGGAAGAACAGGAACAGCCAGGCGUGCUGAAGUUCAAUGUCAUAAAAAUAGCUGCUGCCCAGUGUCCAAAUGAGAACUCUGCGAUCAAGGUGGAUGCUGCUGAGCCCUUUAAGAUGAUUGAUAAUAUCCAACUGUGUUCAUCGACGGCCAUCUACGAGCAGUCAACGCGGCCAUUGCAAGGCACGCUGCCCGCCAUUGACCAGAGCUGGGUUGACUUCUACUUUGACGGUAAGGUGCUGAAGGAGAACAACAAUAAGUUCGUAAUCACCCUGCCGCCAAUUCAAACCGCUAUCACGUUUAAGGUUCGUCUCAAUUCUAGGAUAUCAGAACAAAUUCAGGCUUUGUUCAUGGUGAAUAAGGAAAAGGUAAACCCAACUCCCACAAUGAGCAUGGAAGACAACGAGCGGAGACCGCGGUACGACGUGAGACUAGCUGAAGGGCUUAACUGUUUAGAAUUUUCGAUGCAAGAUCUAAAGAAGAGCAAGGUGGAAGCUGUUAAGUUUUGGAUAAACGUGCUGCCUUGA